CUCCUAAACCCUCGCCGCCGCCGCCUCGGGGAAGCCGCGCAGCCGGCGAGGAGGCGUCGGGCCACCGUCCUAGCCAUGGUGAGCACGCGGGGGGUGCCCGCCGGGGAGGGGGCCGCGCCGGCGGCGCAGAAGCGUCGGGGACGGCCACCGAAGGCACCCCCGGCUCCGGCGGCGGAGGAGCCGAGGAGCCCGGUGUCGCCGCUGGUGGUGGCGGCGGCGGAGUCGCCGGCGGAAGGGUACGAGCGGGAGAGGGAGGCGAGGAUCCGGGAGAACAUGGAGCGGAUGCAGAAGCUGGGGAUACUCGAUCUCGCCAGCCGCUUCAACCGGUCCGCGAGCGGGUUCGCCGGCGGCGGGAGCGGGAGCGGUCGCGGGAGGAGGAAGGCGCCCGUGGCGCCGGGCUCCGUCGGUGCGGUGAAGACCAAGCCUGCGUCCCCGUCUCCCGCACGUCGGUCCCUCAGGCUGAAGAGCAUAGAGCCUGUUAGCUACUGUGAAAUUCGGACAAAAAGGGAUAAGGAUAUUGAAGGUGGAAACUCUGUUGUAAUUGAGGUUGGGUCUAAGGAGGAAGUUUACACAGAAGAGCAUGAUAAGCUUUUAGGUACUAUUGUGGAACCCUGGACUCUCUUUGUGGAUGGCUAUGGGAAAGAUGGUAAGCGCAUUUAUGAUCAAGUGAGGGGCCAAACCUGUCAUCAGUGCCGGCAGAAAACUCUUGGCCAUCAUACAAGGUGCUGUAAAUGCCAGAUUGUCCAGGGGCAGUACUGUGGAGAUUGUCUGUACAUGAGAUAUGGUGAGAAUGUGCUGGAAGCAAAGAAUAAUCCUAAUUGGAUAUGUCCAGUUUGUCGUGGUAUUUGCAAUUGCAGCAUAUGCAGAACUAAAAAGGGGUGGUUUCCAACUGGUUGUGCGUAUAGAAAGGUUGUCAGCCUUGGGUACAAGUCGGUGGCUCACUACCUCAUCGCAACACAACGUGCAUCAGUUAACCCUGGAGACUCAAGCUCAGCUGAUUCAAACAAGGUGGCAGCUACUACCAAAUCAGAAGCCUCGUCCGCAUCUGAAAAUGCUCCAGUUUCUAAGGACAAUCAGGAUAACACAGAACUGAGCAGCAAAGCUGUCCAGGUCAAAGAGGCCGACCACCAAGUGAAUAACAACCCCACUGAUGACAGCGACAAGGAUGACAGCAGGAGCGAGUCUGUGGUGACAUCUGAUUCUCAGGAUUGUCAGGUUAAUCUAGAGCAUGGGUGUGCCACUCCAUCCAAGCCAUGUGGUCCAAAGAAGAGAAAGCUGGUCGAACGGAGCCCUGACUGUGUUGCGAGCAGACUGAGGUCUCAUUCCAACAGAUCAUGAACGAUCAUAUGAGCACGACAGUUUCUUUUGGUGCCCAGUGCCUCGGUGGUCAUUACCUUUUGUGACGAAGGGCAGGUUUACUGACGUUUGUGUUUUAGGUUCAUCUGCGUGAUGUUUCUGGUGCAUUUUGUGUCCGAUCGUCGUAGUUGCAUUGCUGCAUUGUGAUUAUAGUGUCCCCACCUUUUGCUUCAACAAUGAUGGCUGUGUCAAGUAGUCCCUAUGAUUAUGCUUCCAGGUGUAAUAUUAAUAUGCUGUCACCGCAGUUGAUGGUUUAAAUUUGUCCCUGCUUGUGAUAUGGAGAUCCGACUGACUGAUACGCCUAUAUAUCAAUUCUCUAGCAAUCAUA